UCUCUCUUCCAAAGGAAUACAAUAAAAACGAGUCCUACUGGACUUUUAUUCGACACCAGAUGGCAGACGUCACACACGGAAUAGAAAAGAAAAGGAAUUUUUACCAUCUUCUAAAACUUUUAUUGGUGGCAUGGACCACAGCAGUUAUUGGAGCUCCAGCAGCAGAAGCAGAAGAUCUGGCAGUUGCCGAAGGACGCCACGUUCCAACUUAUGAUGCUCCCGUAGCUUAUGGUCCUGCACCUGCUCCUAAACACGGCACUGGAAUCGUAAGUUCUUAUAACAGGAGAGGUUCUUAUGCUCAGGCAAGUGAAUACGCCAAACCUGCUAUCUAUGGCAGUAGCUAUGGAGCACAGUCUUCCAUCGGAGCCCCAUCUUAUGCACCAAGAGCAUCCCACUAUGAUGCGCCACUUCAAAGAUACGGAGGAGAUAUUCCAGCUUAUGCUCCCCGACAAGAAUACGGUGGUUAUGGUCCUCAGAGGAACGAGUAUUCUGCUCACUCACAGCGCCUCUCUCAAGAUCCCCAUUACGAUCCAGCCAAGGAUCCCGUCAGCCAAUAUGCGGAAUACGUUCCAGUCAGAGAAUAUGCACCAAAAAGCCAAUCGGAUGGGUCGGAACUAAGUAUCUAUGGUUAUAAGAAGUAAUUCCAAUAAUUAAUGCAUCCAAAAAUUAAGAAUGUAACCAAAAUAUUACUAAGUUGAAUUUUUUAAGAGGCAAUGUCUUGAUUAGGGAACCGAAAUCUUUUUAAAAAUUAGGCCGUUUAAUUAAUUAAGCCAUAAUUAAAACAAAAAUUAAUUAAUUAAAUUAAGCCAUAAUUAAAAUAAAAGCCGUUUUAAAUAACAGAUAAUGUUAUAAUUUUAAAUUCAUUAGAAGAAUUUUAAUUCAUUUCAAUGGAUUUAAUUCAUAUCAAUGGAAACACAACUGAAUAAGAGAGAGAAGUCUUAUUAGCACCAUAGUGGCAUCGAUUUUAAAAUGCUUCAAAAUAAUUUUACCAAAGUGGUACAUAUUACCAAAGUGGUAUAUUUGCUUUGCGGAUGGUAGCUUCUUUGAAAAGCGAAGUACAAAAAGUGAAUUUGCAUUUCCAGCUAUUAAAUAAAAUAUCGGCAAAACCCAUCUAUAAUUAGUUAUUUAAGCAUUUCAGAUUUGAAGUGCUUCAAAAAAGAAGUAACUUUAAUAUGUUUUGAAAAAAUAAGCUUAACUAAGAUUUUAUUUUGACUCAAAAGUUCCUUGAAAAUGUAUUCCUCAUAAAACUUACCUCAUAUUACAAUUCACCAUAUAAUCACUUUCCUAAAAUUUUAAAUAUUUAAUUCUGUUCGUAUUCUGCCUUUCAAGAAUAACAGAAACAUAAAACAAUUUAAAAUCUUAAAUAUUCUAAAAUAAAACGGUAAUUUUUUAAUUAUAUCUGGAAAUAAUCAAUAUUUACAGAAUUAAAUAAUUUCUUAUUUCAAAACAAACGCUAUUUUUUUAACUAAUUUUAGUAAAUUCCACACUAUUCUUAGUUUUUUUUUAUAAACUAACAUGUUUUGCAACAUAAAACAUUAAUAUUUUUGUUAUUUUUCCCAAAUAUCUAAUACUUUACUUCAGACGUGAUUUUUUUCCCUGUUAAACAGUGCUAUUCCUUGCUAUGUUAUUCUUUGCUAUAUGACUGUUAAUUCUUGCUAUGUUUGAAGCAAACUGAGCUGAAUAAUAGAUAAACAUUCAUAAAAAUUAUUUUAUAAUUUAAUUUUAAAUUUUGCUUUAUAUUCAUAUUUAAUUAUAACAGCUUUUCUGUCUUAAUCAAUUGAUAAAAAAAGUGUGAUAGAAAAACUGAUUACAUGUUUUAAGAUAGUGUAAGAUAUUAAUUUACAUAGAAAUAUUUUUCCUGUACUUUACUGUUAUAAAAUAAAAUUAACAAUGAAUUUUCGUAAGUAAACAGUAAAAUAGCAUAAGAAGGUAAUAAGAAUAUCAGUAUAUUUAGUAAUCGCUUACAAGUGACUUAGGUAGGAAAUGGAUGUAUUUGUAAAAAGAAAAAUAUAGUUUAUUGUUUAUAUGACAUUAUUUAUAUUGUAAAUAAGAUGUUCUUAAACAAAUGUCCGUAAUUGCUACUGAUUUCAAAAUGUGUGAUUUCAUGAUUUUUCGAGCAUGUAAUAAAGUUGCAGAAAAGUCGG